AUGGAGAUGAAAUCAAUACAAAACAGCCAAUUGAAAGGGUAUCAAAAAGAACUUGCCGAAUCCGGCACUUUACAGCGCCACGCAGGAGGAGUCCCUUCAGAGCGCGUACUAAAAGAUCAGACUCCCCCUCUAAUUCCUCAGCACCAUUGGUCUCGAACAGUCGGACUCGGCCAAGUGGCCGAGUCCUACUUGGGUGUCAAUGUGACCCACGCUGUCGUAACGGUUCCCGCCUAUUUCAACAAUGCCCAACGACAAGCAACCCGAGAUGCCGCUGAAAUUGCGGGACUACACGUAAUGAAAAUAAUAAAUGAACCCACAUCCGCCGCCAUGGCGUACUGGGACCGAACAAAAUUCGACCAAAAUCAACGUGUCCUUGUCUACGACCUCGGUGGUGGAACUUUAGACGUGACUAUACUCGAUAUCGACAAAGAAGGCUUCAUGGUGGCGGCAACAAAUGGGAAUGCGCACCUCGGUGGAGAAGAUUUCGAAAGGAAUGUCGUCUCCUACUUCGUUUCAAGACUGAAGAAAAAGAUAAAUGUCGAUAUCUCCCAAAAUGACGGAGCCCUGCAAAAACUUCGAAGAGAGGUCGAGCGUGUAAAACGAGUUCUAUCGAAAAUAACCCUUGCAACCGUCGAAGUUGAGAAUCUUCUGAAUGGCCAAGAUUUCUCGGAAACAUUGACACGAGCCAAAUUUGAAGAUUUAAAUUACGACUUGUUCAAAGAAACUCUACUCUCGAUUGACCGUGUCCUCGAAGAUAAAGGGCUGAGCAGUGGAGACAUCGACAAACUCAUUCUGGUCGGUGGAUCCACCAGAAUUCCCAAAAUUCGACAAAUGGUCCAAGACUAUGUUAGGCUAGAAGCUGUCUCUGCCACAGCGGUGAAUCCCGAUGAAGCCGUUGCAAUCGGUGCGGCUGUUCAGGCCGGAAUUUUGGCGGGUCAUCUCGACAUCGUGGACGCGGACGUGUUGCCAUUCACCCUCGGUCUGGGGAUAAAGGAUGACCAAAUGUCGGUACUUUUGGAGAGAAAUACGCCUAUUCCAGCCUCAAAGACUAAGGGGUUUACGACCGUGAAGGAUAAUCAAGAGGUGGUUGAAUUCCCCGUGUACGAGGGAGAACGCCCGUUCGCCUCGGACAAUAAUUUCCUCGGGAGCUUUGAACUUGGCGGGAUUCUCCCAGCCCCGAAGGGCGUUCCCGACAUCCAAGUCACGUUUUCUGUAAAUUCUGACGGGAUUUUGGUUGUUCGCGCAAAGGACGUGGCAACCGGGAAUGUGAAUGCUAUCACGAUUAAGAACGAUCAUGGUGGCAUGAGUCCGGGAGAGAUUAAGCGGAAAAUCCGGGAGGCGAAAGACUUUGCCCGGGAAGACGAAAGGGUGAGGGAAGCUUUUGCCGCGAAGGAUGACUUGGAGAGGGUUCUGGUUCGGGGGAAAAAUAUAAUUGAAGAUGGAAAACUGUCAGAACGGGAGGAAUCUGCUCUUACUAAAAUAACUGCUGAGAUUGAGCAGUGGUUCGCCGGUCAGGAUACCCUUCAAGAGACCCACGCUUAUCAAGAACAACUCGGAAAAUUGGAAAAGAUUCUUCAUCCGUUGGUUAAAGAAUUAUAUUCCGGCGAGGGUGAACAAUCGGAUGGAAAUAGAACCCGGACAGAACUCUGAUAAUACAUUUAUUAUUGCAAAUUUCCAUUUUGUUUAUGUACAUUAUUGUAUUUCAAAGUGUACAAAAUGAUAUUUACAUUGUCCCGAGAGAUGGUAGUUGACAAAUUUUUAUGGUUAAUCAUCAUCAUUGUCACUAAUUUCUAAUAUUACUUUGCCAUACAAUUUAUAUCAUUGUCAGAAAUUAAUCAACGAAUCGGU